AUGCGACUGCGAUGUUUUACGGCCCUGGCUGUCCUGGGGACGAUACUCGUGCAGAGCAUCACACUCGCAGCUGCAGACAUUCCCGCUCUGAAACGAUCACAAUUGAUUCUUGGCGACGUACAAAGUGCUGGUCUCGAGUUCGCCAAGAGGGCUGGGCCUCGAGGCUCCAAUUCGAAGAGUGUGAAGAGCGGAAUGCGUGUAUGGAGGUCUCUCUUGCCAGGCGCUCAAUCUUCCUCUGGAGCUUCCUCCUCUACCCCUGCCACAUCGGUGCAUGACUCGCCUCCGCAUUCAUCGCCGGUCCAGCACUGGAGGUCGUUAUUCCACAACGGGCCACCUCGGACUAAAUCUCAGCCCCCGUCUCCAGGGCAUAGCAAAGGAAAGCCCCCUCCAGGAAAGUCGAAGUCUCUGCCGGCUUCGCCUGGAUCCCCUGCUUGGUCGUAUCAUUCACUUAGCUCCCUCGGCUCAUUCCGGGCCUCUCCGGAUUCAGUGAAAUCCCAGCCUUCUUCGCCGAAGGCAGAUGAAAAGCUUUCGCCCACGUGGACUCUCACAAAGUGCAAGAAGAACACUUGGACGGGGUGGUUCAAGAAGGAGAAGCACGUUUGCAGUGAACCCUUCGUAAAGAAUGGCGCCCUGAGACCUCCUCAUCAUUGGCGUCACAUGGAUAUCCGGAAGCAUAAAACGUUGUUCUACGGCAAAGAUGCAAAGGAGCAUGCUAAAGGAAUACGCCCAUCGGUCCUUCGAUCUGGUCCCGUCCGUCAGCUCCGGGAGCGCCUGUACAACGCUAAGCAGAAGAUGUUCAGGACCUACUCUUGA